AUGAGUCUACAAAAUCUAAGCAAUGAUUUUUACUGCAAUCAUGGUGUGGUUCAAGAGAUGAACUUUUUUGCUAAUCCUCCUCCCACAACUAUUUUUUCAAAUCCCAUACAGAGAAAUACGCUGAACUUUCAACUGGGUUUUCAGAUUUCAACUUCUUUAAUGGAGCAAAGCAAUAAAUGUUCGAGCUUUGAGCCAUUUGAAAGCAGGGAAACCGUGAAAAAUGCUGCUUGUGAUGAAGAAAGGGGUCUGUCUUUUAAUUUUAAUGGUGAAAAGGGAAGAAAUAAGAACUCUGAUGCUGUUAAUGCAACCAAAAAUGGACACACUAAGCUUUGUGCUAGAGGCCAUUGGAGACCAGCGGAAGAUGCCAAGCUAAAACACCUUGUAGCUCAAUAUGGUCCUCAAAACUGGAACUUGAUAGCUGAAUAUCUCGAAGGAAGAUCAGGGAAAAGCUGUAGAUUGAGAUGGUUUAACCAGCUAGACCCAAGAAUCAACAGGAGAGCUUUCAGUGAUGAAGAGGAAGAGAGGCUCUUAGCCGCACAUAGAUUGUACGGUAACAAAUGGGCAAUGAUUGCUAGAUUGUUUACUGGUAGAACUGAUAAUGCAGUGAAGAACAAUUGGCAUGUGAUAAUGGCUAGGAAACAUAGACAGAAAUCAAGUUUUUAUAGAAGAAGAAACCCAUCUUCUUCUUCUUCUUCUUCAACGUUUUCUGGAAACGGGGGUUUUAACAAGUAUUACAUCACUGGAAACGGUGUAAGUUAUGAACAAGGACGAAUGGGAAUGAGUGUAGACCAAUCUGUUCAUUUAUCAGAUUCAAACUCAGAAGUUUCAGCAACUGAGUUAGUUGUCACGAGUCAGAACAACCACACCAUCAUGUCUGAGGGAAGUGGAAAUGCUGCAAAUGAAAAGAUCAAGAACAUACCCUUCUAUGAUUUCCUUGGAAUUGGCCAUUAA